AGUUGUGAUUUUGGAGCAAUGGUGUUCGGAGUGCAUGGUCAGAUUGAACAGUUUUCUGGAAAUAGGGUAGAAAACCAGAAGCAGAAAUUCACGGUCUUAGGUACAUUCUGGAGAAUAUGAGCAAUGAAAUCAUGUCAGGCCGAGCUGUUUCGCUGAAAUUCACAAUUGACAGCAUUCUCAAUCUAAAGCAAAACAGCAAGAAUUUUGACGGAUUUCAUUCCAAGCAACAAAUUGACAAGAACAGUGAAAAUAUUUACCGCGAACAAGAAGACCAUGGUAUAAAAAGUGGACACGGAGCUGACUCUUUACAGAACUCAGAAAAAACAAAUACGGACUGCUGCAAGUACAUUGCUGGAGACGGCGUAAUCUGCUGCGCUGAAUCCCGGAGGAUCGUGGACUUACGCCCAAAGGGGGAGCUCAGUGAAAGCUGCGACCAAGGCGACUCGCAGCACAGAAUCACAAAGAAAAGCAAGCCGAUUGCCAAGAAGAAAACUCGCACAAUAUUUUCAAAAAGACAGAUUUUUCAGUUGGAAUCUACUUUCGACAUGAAAAGGUAUCUCAGCAGCGCGGAGCGGGCUUGUCUGGCCAAUUCUUUACAACUGACUGAGACGCAAGUAAAAAUUUGGUUUCAGAACCGCAGGAAUAAGCUGAAACGGCAGCUGUCAACGGAGAUGGAGAGACCUUCUGCUGACCAUUUCACGGUCGCCAACAAGACCAUGCUCCUUCCACCCCUUUACAAAGAAAACGACAUACUGGGUCGAUGCAUAUUACCAAUGCCUUUGCCUGUUGUGUACCCUGGAAAUAGCACGCCAUACCUCUGUUUUCCAGCUGCCAGCAAAUAUUUCAACCUUUUCGAUGGUGACUUAUGAUCCAAGGUGCUUCUCUUUCGGGAAAGUAGCUGGUGCGCGACGCCCGCGUCAGUAUGCGCGCGACAUUCUCCGUUUACAUUUCGUACUUUGGGAUAAAAGUAAUUGCGAAGUGCAAAUUGAGAUUUCUGGAUGAACAGCUUGGAAGUAAGCUUUUAUAGCCGUGACACCGAUGUGCUAUUUUAAUACGACAUGCUUCCGUUACAUUUUUGCUACAUUUGUUAUACUAUACCAUCUGAUAUGUGAAAACUGAUAUUCCCACUCGGUUAAACAUCGUAAAAGCAUAGACCGGCUUAUAUAUGUUAAAGAAGCGUCAAAACAUGUAUAGCCUAUCGUCUUCAUCCCUUAUUUUUUAUAAUGGAGGUAUAGCGUUUAUGGUUAAUUAAACGGUUCUUGUUUACAAGAACAGUUGGAAGUUAUGUAACAAAUAUCAUAGGCCUAGUAAUAACUUACAGUUGCAACAAUAAACACAGCCAAAGACAUUUUGAUCUUUGCCUCUAUGUAUCGUGUUAAACACUUUAUUAACAGGAUUUUUGGAUUAAGGCCAUUUAAAUGAAUGUAUGAACAUGUUUAUUUUGUUGACAUUUUUAAACAUGUUUAGAUGUAUCUGGUUGAUUUAUGUUAUUAUGUAUUAUUCUUAUUGUAUGUAUGACCGUAAAAGAUAACACCCAU